AAAUAUAUAAGAACGUGAUAAAUCACAUGUACUUCAGUGAGCAUUGACAAAAAAAUAACUAAAAACCAUUGACCGAUGGUAACACGCUCAUACGGGGGUUAUUUCUUUGUCUGGCAAUCCUGCCCUUUGCCCACCGACUGUUGAAGCGGGAAACAAGAACCAAACAAAAGUUAACUAGCUCAGAGACCAAGUUCAAAACGUUACCUAGCCAGAUAGCUAGCAUCGUAUCCAAAGCGGUAAUGGGAAAUAACCGGCGGAAACUACUAUAAAAGUCAUGCAAGUAUAUCUUUGUGGAAGUUGGUUGGCUCGCACGAGUUAGCCAGCAACAACGAACAGAACUAGCUGCUCAUUAGGAACAUCUAUGCUAGCGAGCUGAGCAGUUUCGACUUCCUGCCCAGCAUUCCGCGAGAGACUGACGGUGUUCGCAUAUGAAGUUGAAUAACAUGAAAUCCAGACGAAUUCAUCAUAAGUCAUCAAAGCCCAGUUUGAAAGAUCCUAAGAUAGUUGACAGUGGGCACACAUCAGCAACAAAGAGCCUGAUCAAACAGGCUGAUGGAAUCCGCUCAGUCGCCAGUAAGCCUUUCAUAGGGAAAGUGUUUUACCUUGAUUUACCAUCAAACAAACGGACAGAGACGCUGGAAAAUGACAUCACAAAGCUAGGAGGGACCAUUGAGAAGUUCUUCAGUAAGGAGAUCAAGUACCUGGUUUCCAAUAAGAAGGAGGCCAGAUAUGUGCAGUACCUGAGCCAGGACUCUCCUGUCCCCAGUCCCGACUCUGGACACAGCUCUCCCCACCCUCACCCCGGGCCCUGCAGACACAGCUCUCCCCACCCUCACCCCGGGCCCUGCAGACACAGCUCUCCCCACCCUCACCCCGGGCCCUGCAGACACAGCUCUCCCCACCCUCACCCCGGGCCCUGCAGACACAGCUCUCCCCACCCUCACCCCGGGCCCUGCAGACACAGCUCUCCCCACCCUCACCCCGGGCCCUGCAGACACAGCUCUCCCCACCCUCACCCCGGGCCCUGCAGACACAGCUCUCCCCACCCUCAUCCUGGGCCCUGCAGACACAGCUCUCCCCACCCUCACCCCGGGCCCUGCAGACACAGCUCUCCCCACCCUCACCCCGGGCCCUGCAGACACAGCUCUCCCCACCCUCACCCCGGGCCCUGCAGACACAGCUCUCCCCACCCUCACCCCGGGCCCUGCAGACACAGCUCUCCCCACCCUCACCCCGGGCCCUGCAGCAUCAGAGGAAGCUCCCAGGGCCCAAACGAUACAGUGGUCCAAAGCAGAGGGAAGUCUUUAGUGGACAGGGUGGUUAAAGAGCAGGAAAGGUUACAAGUCAACAAGACCCUGUCUAAAGCACUAGAGUGGGGGGUGAAAAUCCUCUACAUUGAUGAUAUAACAGCGUAUGUUGAAAAGAAGAAGAAGAAUGUCAGCCCACAGCAGACUGCUGCUGCUGCCUGCAAGAAAACUACCAAACCAGACACAGGAAGACCCGGCUUUCCCCAAUACAAGGCGGGGAGGAUUAAGAAGCCCUUCCUUAAGAUGGAGGACUCAAGCAGACAUUACCGGCCGAUUUACCUGGCCAUGCCCAACAUGCCAGAGUUCAACCUCACAUCAGCAUCCCCCUGUAGUCCCUUCCUCCUGGAGGACAAGGAGCACGGCAGGACACCUAGAGAGCACAGGGCCAGAGGGGCACGGACCUCAGCCAGUGAGGAGAGAGGGCGGAUCAGACCCAGGAAGAACAGGAAACGAGGGGGCUACUGCGAGUGCUGUGUCCUUAAAUACGACAACAUCAAAACUCACCUUCAGGGUGAGCUCCACCAGACGGUCGCUCAGAGUGACCAGUACCUGCUCGUGGACAGGCUGGUGUCGACCCUGCCGUUCAGCUUCCUCCACAUCCCACCACCCAGCAGGCGGUGCAGCAUCAGCUCCACACUGUGUGCUCCUGGCCUGUGUGUGAAGGAGGAGGAGGGGGGGGUGGAUGCCUCAGGGGGGGGGAGUGACCAGACUUUGCUCUGGCCUUCCACAGCGGAGCCCCAAGCCGGGGCAGGACCCCAGGCAGGGCCCCAGUCCGGGGCAGGACCCCAGCCAGGGCCCCAGUCCGGGGCAGGACCCCAGCCAGGGCCCCAGUCCGGGGCAGGACCCCAGGCAGGGCCCCAGUCCGGGGCAGGACCCCAGGCAGGGCCCCAGUCCGGGGCAGGACCCCAGGCAGGGCCCCACCCUGCGCUCUCAUCCACCGCUGGAGCAGUAAAAGAAACCAUUAGUGUCCAUCCUUCUUCCAGUGAGCCACUGCCCCCUGGUGGCCUGGAGGGCGAGAGUGCCUGCAUGGAGAAGAACAGACCUGUUAGCUGUCAUUGUGGUGCGGAUUUCAAGCGGGGUGUUUCCACCGGAAACCUGGUGGUUCCUUCCUCACAGCUCUACGUGUUCAUGUCACGACUACAGGAGGAGGAGUUCCCACCUGCGCUGAGCGUGGCAGAGAGAGAGGCCCCUCCAGGGAGAGGGGAGCGGGCUGUUCCUCAGCGCAGGAGCAGCAGCCCCUCCCCUGACAGGAAGCUGCAGAGGAAGGUCCGGGACUUUAAGCGGAAGAGACGGAAAGUGGCCGCUCAGGCCAGCUCUCCGGGCUGUGAGGAACCAGAGGAGCUCUCCAAGAGCAGCUCCCUCCUGAGCAUCUGGCAGCUGUUCCAGUCCAGCGAGGACAUGGACUGGGAGUUCCAGGGCUUCCCGGGGUGAGGAGAGGCAGAGCUGGCCUGUUCCACUAUCACACUUGAGAACUGAUGCUGAACAGGUUUUUCAAUCUGACUUUUAGUCAUGUUAUAGUGGCCUAGCCCAGACCUGCUCAGCCACUUACCCAGAAUGCACUGUGAUUUAUUAAAGUAAAUGUGUUUUUUAUGUAGGGAGUGGGGGGGGGUGUAUUCACAACAAUGUUGAGUGUUAGAGUUUAACAUGCCCAGCUUCACCUGGACUGAAGAUGCUGUUAGACCUGUUAACAGCCUAACCGUGUUGCUGAUAGGACACCACUGCUGUAUGCAUUUGACUUUGAAAUGAACUGGAGCCUAUUGGUCACCCUGUGGUACAAUAUGUGGCAUCAUACAGGAAGUAGUUCUGGUGUGCAGUCUUAAAUAAUUGAUACAAGAUUGUAUUUAGUGUUUAUAAUACAGAUUGAAGAAUAGAAUGCUAUGAAUAAGUGUUUAUUAAAUGAUU